AUGACUAAAUUAGAAAAAGAUGAUGAACCGUUGCGGGCUACUUACACGCCAUCCAGACCGCCUUGGAUCGGUUGCUGGAAUAAACGUUGGGAUCAACGUGACCAAAGCAAGUCACGUAAGGCAUGGUGGACCGAAUUGGGAUGGACAGACGAAGCAACGGAAAACGGCAGAAUGAGUGUUGUUAGACCACAACUAAGAGAGCAAGAUUUGGAAUAUUAUGAUCCUAAAGUGCCCGAUGGGACCUCUCUCGCGGGUCCGAUGGGUCUUGAUUCAACACGAUACCCCAAUUUAACACGAAAAAGUGAUCAGCCAGGGAAUUACGAAGAAUUUAUGAAUAAGCUCUACAAAAAUUCCACACAGUAUAAGGAUAUCGCUGCAAAAUAUGAGUUAACUGAGGGGCCGUGGCCUCAUCACCAGGGCUUGAAAGUAAUGCGUGCUAACAACAACUAUCAUGAAUUUCUGGCUAGGCAUCAAACACCGUGGUGGAUGCCAAAGUUCUUUCGAUUCUUCAAUUCCCCGCUUAACGAAGAUCCCAUCAUAAAGGGGUUGGCUUCUGCACAGUAUAUGGCUUUCCUUUUGAUCCCCUGCACUGGUUUGCAUAUUCGAGGUCACAACAUACUUCCUGUGCCAGUCACUCCACUAUCAAUAAUGAGGACAUAUUUUAAGCUCUUACCCACUCCAGCUACAUUGGCCUUUACAUGGGGUGUGACAUUGAGCGGUGCAGCGAUGGUUAGGCACAGAGACGAUUUUACGAACCAUCUUUAUGCAUCAACCGCAGCAGGGAUCGUCUUUGCAACAAUGAGAGAUAAUUUCCUCGCUGGCUGUUCAUUGGGCUUCCUUGCAUACAUUACUGGGAUAUGCUGGCAGUACAUGAGAGUGUCAGAGUGGAGUUUGCAAAACAAAGUUGUACAUCGCAAGUCUGGGAGCUUCUAUGGUGGACCACUGGUAUGGAAACUGAAGUGGAGAGGUGGUGAAGAAGAAAUACCGACCAAGAAAUGGUGA